AUGGACAACAGCAUUUUCAAACUCCCCGCGGCCUACGGGGUCGAGGUCGAAGAUAUUGUUGGCUUCGACCUGGCAGAUCGUGCCCAACUGGAAGAUGGCAACAACAAGCUAUCCAGCAAAGGAGGUGCUGGCGCUCUACUCGUGGCCAAAAUCUGCGAUGCGCUGGCCAAUGCUGGCUAUAGCGACGAAGAUAUCAGGAAAGUCGGCGGAUUGGUGUCGCGAAACCUGAUGACCUGCGAAACCUCCCAGAUUCAGGACAGCGAGGGUGGUCGAUCGCACGGAGCCGAAGGAGGCGCAGACCGCAACGACACUGAAACGGAAAACACACAGAAGGAGGUCGAAUUGAUGCUCAGAGGCCUACUCGAUGAAAACAUUUCGCGGUCUCGCAGCGUGCGAAUGAACUCCAACGAGCCUGUCGUGCUGAUCAAUUUCUCUGCUCAAAUUGGCCAGAAAUUGCUGAGACAUACCACGGAUGAGACUGUCAAGCAACUACAGGAGGGCUGGAACAUAUGGCCCGUACGCGUGUAUGCUGGACCAUUUCUGCCGACGUCAGAUGGCUUCUCAGUCACCUUGCUGAACGUGGUAAACACGGACAUAGGAGGACCGAGUAUGGUUCAGCUCCUCGAUGAGGCAUCUAAUGCGCCCGAAUGGUGCCAGUACAUGAGGAAAGAAGCCUGGAGAGGUCGAGACUUCUUGUACCGUGAGGAACGCGACGGAGUGCCAGCUGCCGAUGAAUCUCCAGACGAUGGGUCCGAGCAGUCUAUCGCAAGCGAUGAGAACGACUCGGUGGAAUCAGAGCCAUCAGCCACGAUCCUGCAGGGACCAUCCAAGCAACGAGAUGCUGUCGAGAAUGACGGCGCAAUUGCUAAAUCAGCUGCCACGAUGGAUUUAGUUUCGCGGGACGUGUCUUCAGAGGCUCACAAAGAUCCAUCUGUUGACGAGCCUGAGACUGAGGCUGAGGCUGAGGCUGAAGGGAUUCCUUUGACCAGGGAGCUGGAAUUACCGGAAAGGCAUGUUGAGCACCCGACCUGGGACCGUCAAGAUGAUAGCACUUCGUUGAUGGAUCUCAUCAGAUCUCAAGCCUCUACGCUCGCUCCCUUCGGACAGGAGAAGUCGGAUCCAACUGCGAAGGAGUUUCCAAAGGAGGAAGCUGAUGAUGCUGGAGAAGAGCUAAAUCCAGCAGAAAAGUCCUCUAGCGACGGUGGCGAUUAUGUAGUGGUUUGA